CGGCAUGGUCAAGAACUUGGUCGAGAAGGGCACCUACACCGCUCCGCUCCUUGUCUACAACCGCACCGUCGCCCGCGCCGAGAAACUCACCUCCACUCUACCCUCCGGCAAGGCCAGGGUAGCCUCGACAAUCCAGGAUGCCGUAAAAGGCGCAGACAUCAUCUUCACCUGCGUUGGCGAUGACAAAGCCAUCGAAGAGACCAUCAACACAGCCCUCAAGAGCCCCGAAGCCAAGGGCAAGCUCUUCGUGGACUGCUCGACCGUGCACCCGGACACCACCAACAAGCUCGCCAAAACCAUCAGCGAAGCGGGAGCAGAAUUCGUCGCUUGCCCUGUCUUCGGCGCACCCGCAAUGGCCGAUGCCGGGCAGCUCGUCUGCGUCCUUGCCGGACCAAAAGCGCAGGUCGACCGCGUAAAGCCUUACUGCAAAGGCGUCAUGGGCCGUGCUGAAAUCGACUACGCCGACCAACCCCACGGCGCCGCCACGCGCCUCAAGAUCGUCGGCAACACUUUCAUCCUCAACAUGGUCGAGACGCUGUCCGAAGGCCACACGCUUGCGGAGAAGUGCGGACUAGGCACGGACAAUCUGCACGCUUUCAUUGAGACCAUGUUCCCGGGUCCGUAUACUGCGUACAGCAAUCGGUUACGGCAGGGAGACUACUAUAAGCGGGAGGAGCCGGCGUUUGCAGCGAAGUUGGCGCGCAAGGAUGCCGGGCAUGCGCGGAGUUUGGCGGAGAGCUGUGGGUGCAAGAUGAAGGGUCUGGAGGUGGCGGAUGCGCAUUUGAAGGAUGUGAUUGAGCAUUCGGGGGAUAAGGGCGAUAUUGCAGGGAUAUAUGGGGUCGUGAGGCAGGAGAGUGGGCUGAAGUUUGAGAAUUAGAGUGUCUCUAGGGAGCACUACUUCAGGGCAGUGACGAUGGUGCCGCUCGGUCGAGGAAGGUGCGAACCUUCCUAAAACCGGAGUAGCUUCUCGAUCAAACGCAUGUCGCACAUGACUACAACGCACAUGACUCCACGCAUUAGCCAGAGUUCC